AUGAUUAAUGACCUUUUCUGCAACAAGUUACCACAAACAUUUCUCGUUACCUUUACCACGACCUUUCCUGUGACCUUUUCCUCGACCAUUUCUGUGACCUUUCCUGUGACCUUUGCCACGGUCUUUCCCCUGACCUUUGGCAUGGUCUCUCCCAUGACCUUUGCCACAACCUUUCCCAUGACCUUUGCCACGGUCUUUCCCCUGACCUUUGGCAUGGUCUCUCCCAUGACCUUUGCCACAACCUUUCCCAUGACCUUUGCCACAACCUUUCCCAUGACCUUUGCCACGGUCUUUCCCCUGACCUUUGGCAUGGUCUCUCCCAUGACCUUGGCCACAACCUUUCCCAUGACCUUUGCCACGGUCUUUCCCCUGACCUUUGAUUUCGCCGACCCCACUAUAGACCUGGAGAACACGACAGUGAAGGAAGGCGAGAACCUGACAGUGCGCUGCAACGUCUCAGGGGUCCCACAGCCAUCUGUCCGCUGGCUGCUCGAGGGCCUCAAGUCCAAUUACUCUGUCCAGGCCCUGAUCGUGGCAAAGGUGGGAGAGGAGGAGGCUUUCCGCCAGAAGUUGGCCUCCUCGGCUGCCAGGAGGAGGCAGCGCAAGCAGCCCAUUGGCACACGGACAGAGCCGCCAUCUCCUGUUCCCUCAGGAGAGGGGAGUGCGGCGUCGCCAGCGAGCGAGGGUGGAGACUGGGUGCUGGAUGCCAGUGAGGGCGAGCUCUACCACAAGACGAACCCCGGCCUCGUCGUGGAACAGGAGGAGGAGGCAGUUUCCGAGAAAGAUAGUGAGCUCGGAAACCACUCAGACCAGGUGUCCAAAUUCGAGGUUCCCAGCCCCGAUUUCAGCUUCCUCGCGGACGAGCAUUUGGAAGUUUACAUCUCGGCUUCCGAGAACCCGAGUCACUUCUGGAUCCAGAUCCUGGGCUCCAGGUGCCUCCAACUCGACAACCUGACCUACGAGAUGUCUCGGUAUUACAGCGGUUUCAGUGCGACGGGGGAGGUCUUCACCCCGAAGCUGGGUGACAUUGUGGCAGCCCCUUUCCAGGGAGACAACGCUUGGUACCGGGCGCGCGUGGUGGGCUUCCUGGAGACUGGCAAUGCCGACCUCUACUACGUGGAUUAUGGAGACAACGGCGAGAUUCCGAUUGGGAAGCUGCAGAUCCUGAGGAGUGAUUUCUUGAGCCUCCCAUUCCAAGCUGUGGAGUGCAGUCUCGAUGGAGUCCAGCCAGCCGGGGAGGAGUGGUCGGAUGAAGCGAUGAACUGUUUCGACAGCCUCACCUACUGUGCCGAAUGGAAGAGCCUACUCGCUCGGAUUUGUAGCUACUCGCAGAGUGGGGGUGUCACCAGGCCACAGGUGAAGCUCUUCGACCGCACCCAUGACAAGAACCUCGACAUUGGGGAAGAGCUGAUCCGGCUGGGGCACGCGGUCCGAUGCUAUCAAACUGUGGGAGCUGCGGCUGGAGACUGCCUGGAGACGGCUGGCAAAUCCACCACGACGUCUCUCCAAACGCUGCUGAAUGAUGUGGCUGGAGGAUUGGAUGGGCGCCUGCUUUCUGAACUGUGUACUAGGAGCGGCGAGGAGCAGUUCUCGACAUGUUGGCAGACUCAUUCAGGUGUGUGACAGAGCGUCAGGAGGACAGACACCAGCACGCCCUGCAAAUGCCUGGGAUGUACAGCUCAGACCAGAGUCGUGUUGGGAGGUUAAUUCUUCUGUUUGUUUUCGAGGCCUUAAACCUGACUGGCCGCGUUCAGGGCUGGUGGAAGGGAAAGGUUAUCCACUGGGAUUGGGUGGGGAAGCAAUUCACACACACAUGCCCCAGGAAGGCUAGUGUCUACUUCAACAGCAAUACAAUGUGUCUGAGCCCUGCUCACUGCUGCAGUGAGAAUGGGGAGAGUCCUGUACAACACAGCAAACUCUCGACAAAAUCUCUCGAGGACCAUGUUCAGAUUUACAGUCAAGAUUUGCUCCACUUUCAUACUGACUGAGUGUGUACUCCCCUGCCCUCUCUCUCUCUCUCUCCCCGCCUCUCUCUCUCUCUCCCCGCCUCUCUCUCUCUCCCCGCCUCUCUCUCUCUCCCCGCCUCUCUCUC